AAAAAUCUCGUGAAACCCAAACUCUCUCUCUCUCUCUCUCUCUCUCUCUCUCUCUCUCUCUCUCUCUCUCUCUCUCUAAUCGUGAUCUGAUACAAUUCAACUGAGAACCAGUCAACCCAAAUCGAUCAUUCUAGAAUCCCAUGACUCAAUCCAUGUCUCACAAACCCUCCAUUGACUCAUGCGUCUUACACCUCCGUAACUGGAAACCCUUCCACCUCCCCCAAAUAACCGACACCUCCCUCAACAACAACAAACGCCCUUGUCUCUCCGAUCGAACCACCGCCUCCGUUUCCCUCGACCUCUCCAAGCUAACCCUAGCCGAUGAAGACAACAGACCAAUCAACAGAACCGGUAGCUACCGUCUCGUCGCCCGCAAGCGACGCCGUCGUGGCUCCAGAUCUGUUUCCGGCCGGAGUAGCGAUCGGAGUGCUACGAGACGUUGCUGUUCCGUUGGGGCUUCGGCUGCUUAUGGGACUUGCUCUGAUUUUCCGGUGGCUAUGGGGACUGAUUCGAGUGGGGAGCUUUUUGGGAACGGGGAUGCGAAUUGGGCUUCUGAUGUGAGUGAAGCUAAGAAUUCGAGGGAUUGUGGGAGUGGAGAGAAGGAGAAGGAGAAUGUGGGUGUUGGGUUUGGGGUGAACGGCUGUUCUGAUGCGAAUGGGAAUGAAUCUGGGUAUGGGAGUGAACCGGGUUAUCGCGGGGAUGCUGAAUUUGGGUAUGGGGAUGAGUUUGAUGAGGAAGAAGAUGAUCAUAGAGUCUUGUUUUGGGGAAAUCAACUCGGAGGAGGUGCAGAUUCGAAAAUGGAGAUGGUUGGGGAAAACACCUUGCUAGAUCAAAAAUCUCAUCAUAGAUGCCGCCGCAGAAAGAAUGAUUGUAGAAUGAUUGAUGCAUUAAGGUGAUGAGUGCAUACAACUUUACCCUUUCCUUCAAAAGGAGACUGGGAUUGGUUUCUUUUGUGCAUAUGUUCUGAACUAUGUGGCUUUUAGAGCAUCACAUCCUCGUUCUGACCCAUUUGCCAAAUCAACAUCCUUAGUAUUUUAGAUGCCAUGUGUGUUGGUUUGGGAUCAUUCAAAUUCUUAACCAUCUGAUCCAACUGUUGAAAUGAUGUACUUAUGAUAAUGACGUGCGAGGGACAACUAAAGAUAUUGAGCUUUCUUUAAUUGUUUGGGAUGUGUUACUUGUGUGACAUUUUUAAUCUCAGUCAUACAAAAUUCAAAGAGAAUAUUUGAAACCAAAUAAGAUGUUGUGAGCAAUUAUGGUACGUGCGUCGUGGUUUUUAGUUAUUUCUUUUGGACAAAAAAUUGUCAUUCAAAACUCCACGUGCACCCCAAAUAUUAACUUUUGAACGUGACAUUUUUUCCCAGUAGAAUCAAUGUUUUAAACACCUAGCAGAAACAAAACCAGAAUCAAUGUUUUAAGUACCUAGUCGAAACAAAACUGCUGAUGCAAAAAAAUUGAACCGUAGAGCUAUUGUUUGUAUAUUUCCAAACGAGAAUAGAUUGAAGGGAGAGUUGAAUAAAAUGAAGGAGAAGGGAGGGAAAGAAU